AUGAUAGAUACAAAAAAUCUUGUUUUUAUUUAUCCUCGAUAUGAGACUCCGUUUGUUGUGUCAAUUAAUCCAAAUUACAGUAAAUGGAUGGACAGGUAUUGCACUCAAUGGGCAGUCGACAAUUGUGGUCAAAUGGGUCAACACAAUCGCUAUCGUCGUGCUAUAGAAAAUAGUGACUGUGGUUUGUUUGCUGCCGUCACAUAUCCCGGAGCUAAUUGGCACAGAUGUGAGAAAUUAAUGAAAUGGUCGCUAAUUUUUUUCAUAUGCGAUGAUUAUCAUGACAUUUGUAUUGAUGGAAACGGUCAUCAAAUACAAUGUCAGCUCUUUUGGCACGAAUUAAGCGAAGCGUUGGACACUUUUUUGAUGCCCCGAUAUUACAGUCGACAAGAAUGGCCAGUAUUUGUAAGGGCUGUCCAACAGAUACUGCGAGAAAUUUUCUUUGAUUAUAGUCCACAACAGAUUGAGCGGUCAGUUAAUGCUAUUAAAAAUUAUAUUACGGGAAAUGUAGGCGAAAGUGAAUGGACAGAUCAUAGCAUCAAUUGGGAUAACUAUCUUCAAGCCAGGUUGGGUUCAGUAGGCGGUCACAUGGCGUUACAGUUUAUAGAGUACGCAAAAAAUAUUGAACUAAAGGACAGGGAGUGGAACCACCCGUUCAUUCAAUUAUUGAAUCGUUUUGUGUCCGAAGAGAUUAUACUAAUCAAUGAUUACUAUACGUUUCGUAAGGAAGUCCAGGAAAACAACGAUAACUUCUAUCAAAUGAGACACCCGUUUGCACUGUUUGUCACUAACGAUGGUAUGACACUACAAGAGGCUGUCGAUAAAGUAUAUGAAAUGAUUGUUCAUAAAGACAAACAAAUUAUUGCACAAAUUGAUGCAAUUAAAAGAUGUGAUCAAUUAAGACAGGGAUUAGCUGUGAAAGAGUAUAUCAAUGGUGUCAACGAGUUUUUGGGCGGCUAUUGGAGGCAUGCGGUAACCGCACGACGAUAUCAUGGACUCAUAUUUAAUCAGGUCUUACCACCGGAGGGUCAAUUCAUUUAUGAUUCAAACAAAACAAUUAUUAAAUCUAUUGAUGAAAAACAUAUUCACUAUAAUUGGUUGAAAAGUGUACCUGAUAAUGUGCAAGUUUAA